AUGGAUUCAGGUGGUAACAACAAUGGGUUUGCAAACAACUCCAUGUUUGCGGAUAGUCAGCAAUUCAAUGCAUAUGACAACCUGAGCCUCUUUCAGAACGGAGUCGAUUCCACUUUCACCGAUGCUAGCUGGGGCGUAAACGCCAGCGACUAUCCCAACCAGAACCAGUCACGUGGCCAGCAGUCAGCGCCAAGCUGGCAACAAAAUGCGAACCAUUUGUCUGCCCAGUCUGCAAACCCAGGCUACAGCGGCCAGGCAUCGCCUUACGGACGUCCCAUCACCCAGAGUCCUGCUCCGUACGCCCAGAACGCCUUCAACAAUCUCGGCGCGCAGCAAAACUUCCAAUACCGGCAACAGCAGUACGACCCAUCACUUGGCAAGAGACCCAGCAACAAUGGACAGAACUUCAACCUGCCAAUGCACGGCUACAAUUCGCCGGUGCCAAACAGCGGCACCAUCACGCCGCAAGCUCUCAACCGCCCAGCUCCACCUUCGCCAUUCCCAGGCAACCCUUAUGGUGGCAGUGCAUAUCAGCCAAACUAUGGCUAUCUUCCGCCAAACCGGCCGCAGUCGACGAAUCCCCAGGCGCGACCCGUGGAUGGGCGGGCUCUUGCUGCUUCGAUACCGCAGGGAUCCGACUCGGGCAUGUUCAGCGUCAUCGACCUGAAUGGACUUUCCCAAGCCACCAGCUCAGAGAGAAUGGGCAAUUUCGUCAAUGUUGGAAAGGAAGCACUAGAGUUCGACUGCUCGAGGAGCGCAGUGCCAGCAUACGUCCCACGCAAGUCUCGCAACGAGUUGAGAACUCUCGCUGGCAACAAUCCCAAUGCGCUUGCCAAGAUCGGCAAGAAGCCGAAGGUUUAUUCAAGUUAUAACAGGCCACUGCUUACAUCAGACGUAGCGGGUGCACAACGUGUGCUAGACGAGCAGUCGUCUCCCAGCUCUGACGAGACCUCAUCCGACGACGAUGUUUCGGAGUACUCCGAUGAUGACGAAGCUUCAGAUUCACCACUUCCAGCAAAGCGACCGGACAAUCCCAAAGGCGGCAUCGAACACGACACGAUAAAGGCUCUUUGGCGUAGCAAGCGAAAGUCGCUCGAUGGUGACACUGUUCGGAGGUGUCUUGUUGAUUUCUGGGAAUUGAUCAAGACAGUCCGAGAUCGCUGGAAGAGCGAUUCUGCAGCUUAUGCAGAGGCAGAAGAGAAGAAGCGGACUGGUGAGUUGCCUCUGCUCCAGAGCCGGGUAAAGGACGGACGUGACAUGAUCGAGGUGGCCUUCCGGACUGCGCUCAAGCAUGGUCAUCGCGGAAUUGUUGAAUUGUGAGUAUCUUCCCCUUCCCGUUUUCCCCCCACCCCCUGGCGCCAGAAGUAGUGGCAGCAGCAGCAGCAGCAGCAGCAGCAGCAAAGAUGCAUUCGUAAGCGUAACCGCUUGCGUUUGCGAUGGCCGCCACGAUUGAGAUGAAUGCUGUGAUAAUGGGAGAGCGCCUUGGCCAGGCUGUGGCGAAGUCUAUCGCGGACGUGUUUGUGUAGUUUUGCGUGCGCACUAUCACUCUGACUCGUGGCUCGACCUGACACUGUCCAAUCCGUCGACAUACACGCCUUAAAUAGCUUUCAUCACUUCAAGUGGGAGGCAGUGGGAAGCCAUUGUGGCUUCUAAAACGAUGCCACAUUACAUGUGCUGACUUGCUCCUGUUAGACUCGCCGAGAAUGUCGCGCUUGUCUUUCUCUGUUACCAGUUUCUGCUCGAUCGCCUUAAGGCCGAAGAUUGCAAUGGCAGUCUCUCCCGCGCGAUUCUGGAAACCAUGAGCACAUUCACUACUUUGACCAAGUCGAAGCUUGAGAAGAUUCACCUUGACAAGAUUCUUCCACGUGUCCAAAAGAAAGGAGAUGCCAAGACCCAGCAUUGGGUCAAGAAGAUACUCAGCAAUGCGGAAACCGCGUCGAAAGAAGCAGCCGACAAAGCCGCACAAAAAGAACCCGGCAAAUCAUCAUCUACGACGAGGGAUGGGCCUUCCUCGUCCUCUGCCAAGAAGGGUGGAUCAGAAACAGUUGCAGGCGUCAAGCGUCCUGCCACCGCGACCUUGGGAGAUGGGACAGCAUCCAAGAAGGCUGCCAUAGGUAUGACGAAGCCAACUGCCUCCACUUCGGCAAGCAAGAUCAGCGGCGUAGUGAAGAAACCUCCAGCGCCCGAAGGAAACAAGCCGACUUCUACAGCUGGGUCAACAGCUAUCAAAAAGACCGUCACAGCUGCUAGUAAGUCAUCUGGCUUUUUUUCCAGCUUGCAGUCCGCCGCGAAGAAGCCGGGUACAUCGAUCGCCGACAAAGCCAUGCCGUCGGGCGUCAAGACAUCAGCUACGAGAUCUGCUGGAGCAACCGGCUCUUCUGCACCAAAGCCGGCGUUCUCCUUUGCGGAAACCAUGGCAAAUCUUGCCAAACCAAAGGAGGAGAAGCCGAAACCGAAGCUUGAAAAGGAGGUCCCCCAGGAGACCCCCGAAGAACGUGCUAAGCGUCUUCGGAAAGAGCAACGUCGGAAAUUGCAUGUCCAAUUCAAGCGUGACGAUGAGCUUGUGUCCAUAAAGUAUUUCACGCACGAUCCAGAGGAGGAUAUUGGUCACGAUUCUAGCCAAAUGCGUGACGUGGCCGAUGUAGGAGGGGAGGGUCGCAUGCUCAAGCAGCAACAUCACAUGGACAUUGAUGAUGAAGAUGAUAUGGCUGAGGAAUCCGAGGAACUGAGGAAGCACAAGCCUCCAACCUUGGUCGACUUCAGCGGCGUCGACAAGGAAGAGCGCAAGCGCAACUACGCGCCGUACGGUGGCGGCGAGCUCGAACCAGUAUCAGCCGAGCGAGCGAAGCGUGACCAGUAUGAGAGCAACAAUCUCAUCGUAUUCUAUACAGAUCCUAGCCAGAUUCCACCAAACCCGAAGGAGCCUGCAGAGCCUUACAAUGGCGAUCAGGUGGACACCAUCAAGUACCUCGGUGCGCCGGAAGAGAGAUACGCAGCUCGUGCGCGUGCUAGGAUAGCUCCGACAAACGGACUGUUCUCGGACUACGGCCAAGGGACGGUUGCGCAGCCAACUGCGGCGCCAGGUUCGGACAUAACGUCCAUCUUGGCCACGCUUCAGCAGAAUUCACAGGCACAGACAACGUAUCAACAGCAGCCGCAAGCAGCACCCGUCAUGGGACAGCCAUACAUGGGCGGCCAGCCCCAGCAGACCGCGCAAGGUCUAGGAGGACUUGAUCUCGCUGCGAUUCUGGCAUCCCUACAGCCGAACAAUCAACAACAAGCAAGCUAUGGCGCUGCUGGCGCUCCUUCCAUGAACUUCUUCCCGCCUCAGCCGCAGAUGUUUGGCGCGGCCAGUGCAGGUACUGGACAGGAUCAGGAGGAUGAAGCGUCCAAGAAGGCCAAGAACCCAAACUACAAGACCAAGACGUGUCGAUUCUGGGAGCAAGGCAAGUGUCAGAAAGGAGAUGCUUGCAGCUACCUUCACGAAACGAAAUGA